UUCGUCCCCACUACUGCUGAAGAAGUAGUGCCGUGCUAUACUCUCUCAGAAACGACAGUGAUAGGAAAACACUCCGAGACAGAGAAGGGUACAAGUUCCACCCUCGCCCGCGCGCUGUGCAUAGUCCGGAGACAUCUUCUGCCUUUGGUUUCUCUCGAUGAUCUGCUUCUGAUAACCCUCUCACCGUAGAAUUCGAGGGUCAGGAUGACUCGGGGUCGAUUCCUCCGGGUUCUCGGCCGAGUAUUGUUGGACUCUAGUCGGCCGCUGUCCUCACAAGUUAAAGAAGCUCCGAGCGCUCCUGCAUCGGACACCGUGAAGAAGAAUGAGCGAGAUUUCUCCAAACUGAGAGACCAAUGGUGGAUUCCUAGAGGCGAAUUCGAGGUCCUCUCUCGCAUGAAUGAGCUCCGAGUACCGCUCAUCACAGACAAACUUCGAGGUCACAGAAAGUUAGAAGACCCUGCGAGUACUCUGAAAGGUUUCUCCAUAAUCGAUGUGGGCUGUGGCGGAGGUCUGCUGUCAGAGCCUCUCGCUCGUUUGGGAGCCAAUGUGACCGGUCUGGACAUCGUUCCGUCGAACAUCGCUGCUGCUAAGGAUCAUGCAAGCCGAGACCCGUCAAUCAGAGAUCGAAUCAAUUAUAUCUGCGGGGAUAUUAAAGACAUCGGGGAGCAGUACGAUGCCCUUGUAGCUUCCGAAGUCGUCGAACAUGUGGAGGAUCUUGAUGAGUUCAUCCGAAACUGUUCACGAGUCGUCAAGCCACAUGGUCAUUUGUUCUUUACCACGAUAAACCGAACACUUCUAUCGCUACUCGUGGCGAAGAUAGGCGCUGAGUACAUCGUACACCUAGUCCCUCGCGGACUGCACGACUGGCAAAUGUUCGUGACGCCCGAAGAGCUACAGUUGAAGCUCGCAAAACAUGGCUGCGCCGUCUCAGAGGUCAAAGGAAUGAUGUACCAUCCGAUUGGAGGCUACUGGACGUGGUUCGGAAUGGAUUGCAUAAAUUAUGCACUACACGCAGUGAAAAUUGGAGAUCCAUGCCAGAAAGGCGAGCAAGAUCACGUCCCUAAAUGAAACAUCCCCGAAGGACGGUAGUUUGACAUGAAGUUUAGCUAGUUGCCCGGUCUCGUUUUCAUUUAAGAAAGGUAUUUCUGUAAUAAAAUAAAAUGUU